AUGUUUCCUGCCAGUCAUCGAUACGUGAUAGCCGCCCGUCCUCUAGAUCUAACAGGAUCGCUAUGGUCAGAUCAGCCGCUGGUCCGCAAGUCGCCACGCGAGGUAGUCAUCGAGACACUGGGCGAGUGCGUGCCAGUCGCAGAUUCCAAACAGAUCAAGGUUUAUAGGUCCGGCUCAUCAAUAGCAGCUGCCAUCCUGGUCGUCAUUGCAGCCACUCUAUUGGAAUCUGUUGAUCUGGGUAACAAUCUGGAAACAAAGGAGGGGAUGGAGGCUGCGCUGCGAGGUCUGGCUAAAGUAUGGGGGAAGGAGGCUGAAGUUGGGGGACCACAGACUAGCUUGUUGGAGGUGCUUGAUGCAACUGAGUGA